UUAUUUUUUUGGCUGAAUGCUUCUCCAAGAAUUUAUGAAAACAAAAGCUUUUGGUUGGGUCCUCUGCUCUGCAGUGUGUGAUCGGAAAAAGUGACGGACAGACGGAAGAUGGAAGAAGAAGAAAAACUUCCGUCGGGGAAGUACACUUGGAUGAUCAAUAGCUUCUCCAAGAAGAAGAACAAGCCCAUGUUCUUCUCUGAUGCGUUUACUGUUGGAGGCUGCAAGUGGCUAGUAGUUACUUAUCCCAAGGGUAAAGGCAUGGGCAGCCCAGAUCAUUUGUCAAUGUUCUUAGAGGUUGCUGAUGCUGCAACAUUGCCUGAUGGAUGGUGCAGAGAUGCCAAGUUCGCAUUCACUUUAGUUGAUCAGGACAGCAAAGUUGGCUCAACAACAGAGAGUGGACGAAACAAAUUCACUGCCGAAUUUAGCAGUUGGGGGUUCGGGCAAUUCAUGCGUCUGACGAAGCUUCAUGAUAACACUAAAGGUUAUGUGGUUCAUGACGCCGUGGUUGUUGCAGUUGAGAUAACACUCCACGAGGUUGUUCCGUCGGUCGAGUUAGCCACACAAGUGAGCACCCUUGGCACUUAUUUCAGCAGUUUUUCUGAUUAUUUUACUACUACUGGGACCCCUCAUUUGGAAGAAGGAUCAUCUUCGGAUAGGCAGACCAUUGAUUUGGCUUCUGACGCUCCGAGCUCAGAUGAUAUAGAGAAGGCCAAACACUCCUUGAUGGAAUGCUCUUCAGCCCUGUCGAUCUUAAGCCAUGCCCAAGCUGGGUUAUCUACUGAUCAGCAGAGAUCAAUCGAGACAUUUAAGGCCAACUUUGAUGAUUUUGUGUGCAACUUCUUAAACUUCGAACAAAAAAAUUCCGAUUUUGAGCUGCAAAAAAUCACGAGGGACCAUAUAUAUUCUGCAAUGAAGAGGAAUCACGAGACUCACCUGUCACACCAGCAAUUGUUCGAUAGCAUAACCAAGGAAAAGGAAGGGCUCCACAAGAGACUGAAGGAACUGAGCUUCAGAGAGACAAAGCUGGUGUAUGACUGGGAAAAUCUGAUGAAUGAAUCGGAGGAAGUGAAAUCGAGAUAUGCUAUUCAGGAGAGGAAGCUGGCACAGGCAGAGGAGAAGAAGAAAAUAGCUGAAGAAAGGAUGUCUCGAUCGACCAGUGCUUGGUCCAGUCUGCAGGAACAAUUCCUAUAAACUUUCGGCUUGCCAAGUGAAAGUGGCUGAGAAGCUGCAAGAACAUUAACUGCUUUGUGUUGCAUCGGAGGAUGUGACUGAUAUUCGAAAUGCUGUCUGUAAAACCUUUUAGUUUUAGAAAUCUUAUUUUGUGGGCUAAUAUUUUGUGGUCAUUAUGUUCCCCUCCAUGUUGUGAAGCACUGCGGUGGAUAUCGCAAAUGUCCCCUUGGCCCAGCCCCAACUAUAUUUUUUAUCAACGAGUGUUGGCCAAUAUAUAUAUAUAUUUAUUCGUCUCCAA